AAACAACAACAAUCAUAACAUUGGAAAAUUACAUUGCCAAUAACUAGACAUAUACUCGGUGACGACAGAAAAAAAAAUCAAAAAAAAAAAAAUUUAUUUUUUUUUUUCAUUUCAUCCGUUUGUUUUGAUUGGCCAAAACAAUUUUCAUUUCUUAUAUGAAAUUCAAUUAUCAACCAUAUAUACCACAUAUUUCGACAAGCAAAACGGUGACCGAUUAAUUCAUCUAGCCACAAUAACAGCGGCAUUUUGAAGAUCGGCAAAAAAAUUGAUUGGUAAUCACCAAUCGAAACAUCGUCAUCGUUUCUAUAGUUUGUAAUAUUUAUUAUAUUAUGCCCGUUCGAUACAGUUCCAAUAUAACUGGAUUCAGUCAGCAAAUGCUUCACAAUAUUGAUGAUAAUUGUGAUUGCAUUUGUGAAGAUGAUUGUUGCCACGAGAAGGCUAAUUUUCCGAAUAAAAAUGCGGAUGUAAACAAUUAUAACAGUAUGAUGAAAUCAUCGACGACAGCAACAUCGACAGUGAAUAAACCGAAAAUUAAGCCAACAUUGUUCUGUCCAUCACCGUUGAUACAUUCAUCACAAUUAGGCAUCACACAUUCGUUGUUAUUUUCUGGAUCGAAAUUCGGUGGUUAUCAAAAAUCCAAAGGCAAUUCGUAUGAAGUUGAAGUCAUCUUUCAAAAUGUUGAUGAAUCUAACUCCUACCUUUGUGGCUAUCUAAUGAUUAAAGGCCUGACUGAAGAAUAUCCAACAUUGACGACAUUUUUCGAUGGCGAAAUCAUUUCGGAAAAAUAUCCAUUUUUAACGAGAAAAUGGGAAGCCGAUGAAGAUAUUGAUAGAAAACAUUGGAACCGUUUCGAUAGUUUUGCACAAUAUUCGAAAACGUUUAAUUGUGAUAAUUUCGAUUAUAAACAAUUGGAAAAUAACGAUCAUAUUUUCAUGAGGUGGAAGGAACAUUUUCUUGUACCUGAUCAUACAGUAAAGGACAUAAAUGGCGCCAGUUUUGCCGGUUUCUAUUACAUUUGUUUUACCAAAUCGAAAGCAACCAUUGAAGGUUAUUACUAUCAUAGACAGUCAGAAUGGUUCCAAUCGUUAAACCUCAAACAUAUACCAGAAAAUUCGAUUCAAGUAUACGAAUUUCGUUGAUCAAUUAAUUCAACAGUCACAUAUAUAUAUUUAAAUCAUUUCUAUAAUCACAAUUCACAUACCCAAUGAAAAAAAAACCGAACAGAACAAAUCAACAGACAACAAUAGAAUUUCUUACUACAGAAUAAAUUUUACAUGAUAAUAAUAA